CCGGUGGGGGCGGCGGGACAGCCCGGGGCACCGGUUCAGCUACCGUGCAGAGGAGAGCCCCGAAAGACACCCCUGCGGGUCCCCACGCGGGUGGGGCCUCCUGGGCCGCGUCGGCAGAGGCCACUCCAGGUCUGGGUCCGAACUGUCAAGCCUCUCCUGUCCCCGCGUGGGAGGAGCGGAACACGCCAAGGGCGGGCUCCAGCCGUUGCCGGGUCCAGCUGCCAUCUCUGCCUGGAUGUCUAUCUCCUUAUUUCUAUGGUCUCUUCAAGACCCAGGCCCUUGAGGUACGUGGCAGCCAUGCCGGUGGACACGCUGACCCCGGGAGCCCCAGCCACUCCUGUUCUUCCUUUCCGCCUGCGGACCAAGUUUCCCAGCUACCUACUACGGAGGCCAGUGGAUGGUGGAGCCCGGAAACUCAGUGCUGUGGAGCGCCUGGAGGCAGACAAGGCCAAGUAUGUCAAGAGUCUGCACGUGGCCAACACCCGCCAGGAACCUGUACAGCCUCUGCUGUCUAAACAGCCACUCUUCAGCCCAGGGACUCGCAGAACGGUGCUCACACCCAGCCGCCGAGCCCUGCCUGGUCCUGGCUGCCGGCCCCAGUUAGACCUGGACAUCCUUAGCAGCCUCAUCAACUUGUGUGAUAGCCCGGUGUCCACUGGUGAGGCCAGCUGUACCCCUGGACGAGCAGAGGGAACCCCCCAGCACCCCCCAGCCACUCCUCCACGCCCACUGUCCAGUACAACUGCUGUCCGCCGAGUGGACGUCCGCCCUCCACAUGUGUCACCGGCUGGGCCCUGCCCAUCACCAGGCACAACCGUUGCCUCCAGCCCAGUCUGGCCACAGAGUCUGAAGCGCUCUAAGUCUGACCUGAGCGAGCGCUUCUCCCGCGUAGCAGCUGACCUUGAGUGCUUUUUUAACUUCUGUGGCCUGGACCCAGAGGAGGCACGGGGGUUGGGGGUGGCCCACCUGGCUCGGGCCAGCUCGGACAUCGUGUCCCUGGCGGGGCCCAGUGCUGAGCCUGGCAGUUCUGAGGGGGGCUACUCUGCCAGGAGCUCUGCUACAGUGGAGGAGCGUGCUCAGGAGCGGGUCCCCUAUGGUGUGUCCGUGGUGGAGCGUAAUGCCCGUGUGAUCAAGUGGCUGUAUGGCUUGCGGCAGGCACGGGAGACCCCUGCAGCUGAGGGCUAGGCCUCUGUUCAAUGUGGAAUUCACCACAGGACAGAUCUUGGAGAGGCAGCUGGCUCCUGACUGCUCCUGUAGCAUUCCAUGCCUGAAUAGACCAGAGACGGUCCCUGUGUGAAGUUGGUAUAGAGGCAAAGGCUGAGACCUGGACCAAGGCCUGGGGAGGGUUGCUCCUGACCUUGGACCCCUCUGCCCCACAUAUAAGGUUUCUGACAUGAGUGUACCCCUGCUUGGCUCUUCUGGUGAGGCUGGAUUUGAGAUGUGUAGCCCUCACCACCGAGAGUGAGGGGCCUGGAGACCUGCCAAGCCUGUCUACCCAGUGGCUCCAUUUCCUCCUUCCUUCCCUGGCCUCAGUCUUUUGGCAACCUCCUCUUGCUUACUUGGUUGGCCCCAGCUUCCUGGGAACUCACCCUGGGGUGGGGCAAGGGGAGGGGGGCCUGUCUACAGUUCCUCCUGAUCUUUGGCAGCUGGCUUAGGUGGGUAGAGGACGGGAGGGACUGGUUAGCAGUAUGCACUCCUCUUCCCUUCCUCCCUGGGUUAAUAAAUGCAAAUGCUUCUUUCUCAAGA